AAGCUGUUGAAGGAAACGUCAUCAGUAUGAAAAGACAGAGAGAACCAGUGACAGAAUUAAUGUGGUGAUUGUCUUGAGUCAGAUUAAGCCGUGUACAUUUAAAGGAAUGCGUCUUACAUAUUGUGCUUCAGAUGCAAUGCACUGUCAAGUCAAUUGUCCGGAAAUGUCCGCUCUCCUAUGACAAGAGGGCAUGUUGAAGUUUUCCGGUCAGCUCACGUGGUUACAUACCGUUAUUUAAAAUCAAUCAUAAGUAAUAAUUGUCACAUUCCUCGCGCAUCUCUACCCUGGACAACAUCGUGGAAAUGUCGUCUGUUGCAAUCGCAGCCUCAUCUCCAGAUCCAAGAUUCGUUCAGUCGAUUCUCAUGGAGGACACACAUUUACCUGGAGGAGGUGCUAAUUGUCACGUGACCUACAGCACAGUGAAAACCGAAAUCAUGUCAUCAGAAGAAAGACCUCUAAGUUACGAGAACUCCAGUCCUUGUUACACUCUUCUUCAGCCGAUGCAGCAAAAUCCCAGUCCUGUUUUGUUUUCUGGACCUUCUGAGGUUCAGGUUCAAAGACGCUUUGAUCGGUCCCCGCCACCCCUCAUUUUCGAUGACCCAAGGAGCUAUCAGAAUUCAACAAGGAUAUUUGAAGAACCAGGGUUGAAAGUGGACACUCACUUUGGCGAUAUUUCUCCUACUUUACCCCCACAACAUUCUGGAUUCCCUCCCCAAACUCAGCCGGUACAACAAUCGGAAAACUUCGAAGAAUCUGUUCUGAAGGCAUUACAAGAGGAAAUCGACCAUAUUUGUCACAUUCUUGAAAUAUGUCCAGACCCAACAAAAUGGACGAAUCAAGAAGUAAACAAAUGGAUCGUGUGGUACGGGGACCAGUUUGGUGCCCCUCAGGGAAUUACGGACAGGUUCCGCAUGUCGGGGGAGGAGCUUUGUCGCCUCACCCUGGAGGAUUUCAAACAGAAAUCCAAGGAUGCUGGCCCGAACUUCCACGCUCAGCUUGAUGUUUGGAAAAAUGCCUGUAAAUUAAGCGCACGAAGAGAGCAGCACUCUGGACCCCCUCCCUCCAACUACUACUACAACAGUUAUCGCCACAACAGUGUGUCCUCGCCCACUAUCAGCGAAUGCAGCGAGACCUCGGGGGCCAUGAUGAGAAGGGACGACUAUAUCUUUCACCAGUCGGCCGGCUCCGACUACCCCUCCCCUCCCGUCAUGCAGCAGCCCGUGGGCUUCCAUCCGGAGUAUCCAUCCCAAAACGAGGCUAUUCCCUCCUAUUCUGAUUACUACAGCUACACGGAUUACAAUUUUUACGAUAACAACUCUGAUACGCCCUUCACACAAACUGAUGAUCUGCCGGGCUAUCCAGUGGAAUGCCAACAGAAGCAAACAAUCCAUCUUUGGCGGUUCCUGAAGGAACUACUUCUUCAGCCGGAGAGAUACGACAGAUACAUCCGCUGGGUAAACCGACAGGAAGGAAUCUUCAAGAUUGAGGACUCCCCGAAAGUGGCCAAACUCUGGGGUAAAAGGAAAAACCGACCCGCCAUGAACUAUGACAAAUUGAGUCGCUCAAUACGACAGUAUUAUCGCAAAGGAAUUAUUAAAAAGACUGCUAAUUCCAAACGUCUCGUCUACCAAUUCUGUCCCGCCUAUCUGUGAUUUUUAAUGAUAUCAAACGAACAGCAUAAUACUAGUUCUGGUUGUGAUAGAAGUCAAUGUUCCUGUGAUAAUUCCAGCUCGCCCCCUAUGAGUUAUCCCACCACAUAUCAGAGUGACAGAGUCCACGCCGCGGUGUUACACUCACUCCCACCGUGGGGAAUCUGAAUAGAUAACUGUGUAUUAAAUACAAUAUUACUUAACAGUCGCGUUGAUGAAAUAAAUCAAUGCAUUGUGUAUGCCGACGAGAAGUAUCUGACUUAAAAAAAAAUGCACGGCAAUACUUGAGGACUUGAAACUUAUGUACUGAUCUCAUGAUUGUUUUUUGUUAUGUAUUUCAAACUAUAAUAAAAGAAAUAUAUAUUAAAUGAU